UGUGGCUCAAGUUUUAGGGCUCUUUCAUAUUCCACACUCAUCCGUUUGAUCGAUCCACUAUGCGAACUCGGAAUUCCGACUCACCAAAAUCAGCGGCGCCGGCGAAAAGGACACCUCAGGCCGGAAAGAGGUCCGCUGCCAACGCCAAAACACAAACUCCUACGUCCUCCGUUGAUCCACCGACUGAAUCUCCGGCUACUGAGACGGCAACGCCUAAGACUCUGGUGACAAAGCGUGCCAACGCCGCCAGAGCAAAGCAAGUCAAGCCUGGUGACGCGACCUCCAAAUCGGAGCCCGAACAAUCAGUGGUCGAUCAAGUUAAAGCAUCCCAUGAAGCUAUUCAUGCCAUGCCAGAAACAAAACCUGCUUCUAGCACUAGAAUUGUGAGAAAGGUUGUAAGGAAAGUGAUUAAAAAAACUCCAGUUUCCACAAGAGCUGCUUCUGGAAAGACACAGAAAUCAGUUGAAGCUGAGAAGGUAAAAAAUGAUAAACACUGGAAGGAAGCAGAAAGUGAAGUUGAGGAGAUGCAGAAUGAAGGAGCCUUGCUGGAAACUGUAAGUGAAGUUGAGAAGGCAAAGAAUGAAGGACCAUCAAAGGAAACAGUAAGUGAAGUUGAGAAGGCAAAGAAUGAAGGACCCUCAAAGGAAACAGGUAGUGAAGUUGAGAUGGUAAAGAAUGAAGAUCCCUUGAAUGAAACAAUAAAUGAUUCAAAAAUUGAUGAACCUGCAACAAGUGAAAAGCCUUUGGAUGAAAAUGCUCAGCUAGCCACGGAGGAUCAUAAUAUUGGUGAUCUUGAACGGUCCUUGGAAAAGGACAGUGGGGAAAUUGGUGACACAGAAAAGCUUUUUAUUGAAAAUGUUGAAGAUUUGUCAAAGGAUGUAGAAUCCAUGACCACUUAUGUGAACUCUAUACAGGCUCAAGAUCCCUGUAAAGGAAAAGAGAAAGAGCAGUUGAAGGAAGAAGAGGAGAAGCAAACCAAAAGCACCAAGGAUGAAGAAGAACCUGAAAACAUGACCAUUGACACAGACGAAGGCACCAAUGAGGAGUUGAAACGGGAUGAUGCCUCCAUAGAUGAAGCAGGUGGUGAAAAAAUUGAGGCUCUUAGUGAUCAAGAGGUUCACGAGGAAUUUGGUGGAGAAGAUUUUGCUGAUGAUGAUGUGCCUGAAAAUGAGCCGGAAGCUGAGGCAUCCGAUGAAGAGCGCGUAGAAUCAAAUGCAGCUGCAAGAGAACGCAAGAUAAGGAAAGAAAGGGAAAUAUUUGUUGGUGGGUUGGAUCGGGAUGCUUCGGAAGAGGAAAUUAGAAAGGUAUUCGAGCAUGCAGGGGAGGUUGUUGAAGUUCGCAUCCACAAGGAUCCAUCAACAAACAAGAAUAAGGGGUAUGCAUUUGUCCAGUUUGCGACAAAGGAGCAAGCAAGCCGUGCUUUGUCAGAAAUGAAAAACCCUGUUAUACAUGGGAAGCGAUGUGGGACUGCACCAAGUGAGGACAAUGACACGUUGUUCUUGGGGAAUAUUUGCAACACAUGGACAAAAGAAGCUAUAAAACAAAAGCUGAAGGACUAUGGAAUAGAAGGUGUCGAAAACAUAACUUUGGUAGCAGAUCCCCGACAUGAAGGGUUGAGCCGUGGUUUUGCAUUCAUUGAGUUCUAUUGUCAUGCUGAGGCUAUGCUGGCUUAUAAAAGACUCCAAAAACCUGAUGUAAUAUUUGGCCACCCUGAGAGAACUGCCAAAGUGGCUUUUGCUGAGCCUUUACGUGAGCCGGAUCCAGAGGUCAUGGCCCAGGUUAAGUCAGUAUUUGUUGAUGGGCUCCCUCCUCACUGGGACGAAGAUCGUGUGAGGGAGAUGUUCAAAGGUUUUGGGGAAAUCGCACGAAUUAUGUUAGCAAGAAAUAUGUCAACGGCAAAGCGGAAGGAUUUUGGGUUUGUUGAUUUUGCCACACAUGAAGCUGCUGUUUCAUGUGUUGAGGGCAUAAACACCAAUGGAUUGAGUGAUGGUGACUCAAAGGUUAAAGUGCGGGCGAGACUGUCAAAUCCUUUACCCAAGAUGCAGGCUGUGAAAGGUGGAAUGUGUGGAGGUUUUCGAAUUGGCCAUGGGGGCAGCAGCACUUUGCCAAGAUAUUUUGGAAGGGGUUUUGGACGAGGUGGACGUCCUUUCAACCAAGCAAACUUCCAGUAUGGUAGGGGUUUCAACCCACGUGGUCCUGGACAUGGUGGGAGAAUGGGCUUUCCCAAUAACCAGGAUUUUGACAGCCCAUAUCCUCCUUUUCAUGGAAGGCAGAAUUUUGGACGAGGGGGGAGAUGGGGUUUCAGAGGUGCUCAUCAUCAACGCCCAGUGCCUGCGAGAUCUUACCUAGACAGAAUGAGGCAUCAUUCAACUGAUAGAGGCCACGGUGAAUAUGAUUCAUUUAGGAGGCAUCCGUAUUCAUUUGAAGAUGGAUAUAACAGGUCAUUCACGGGAAGGCAUUUUGAUGACCCGUAUCUGUAUGAUGAUGCUUCCCGUGGGAUAAAGAGAUCAUAUUACAUGACAGACCAGGAUCCUGAUUUUGCAGAGCCUAGUAGGCAUCGCCCUCGAUUGGAUCAUUCUGAUUCUGCUGUAUCACUUCAUGGCAGCCGAUAUCGAGAUGAUCUGGGAUCUGAUGGUAGUCUCUACUCUCAACAUUAUUAUGGCUCGGAUUAUGGUGGAGGUCCAUAUUCAUCAUCUUAUGGAGAUGAUCGCUCAUAUGGACGUGGCUAUUACUAUUAGGCUCAAUGACACAGAGUGAAGUGGAGGUGGUCAAGUCUUAGUUCUUAGCAUGGCUUUGGGACUAGAUUUUGUUUCCUGUGGCAAGGGGGUUUAUUUCCAAAUCUCUUUAUCUAUCUAUUUUUCUCUACUACUAUUUCCAUUUAGACUUUUCUGAAGUUCUCUCCUCUCGUGUCUCCUACUUCUCCAUUGUCAUUGUCAGAUCUUAGAUGUCAUCAGCGUGAGUUUUUAGGUCGUGGCUUUUGAAAGCACCUUUAUAUAGACACUGGUACACUGUGUGUAAGAUGUGUAGACGAUAUUACAACUAUAAGAUGGAGUUUGAUUGAUAUAUGGAGCUUCUUUUGCUCUGCAUAAUAGUUUGAGGACAUUGAUUAUUACUUGUGAGAUCAGGCAGAGUUGCCUCUCUGUAUACUAUAUUUCCUGUGGAUUGAGUGCGUC